UUUAUGAUUGGUCGAGAAUUGAAUCCACGUAUUGGAUCAUUCGAUAUUAAGUGUUUUGUGGAACUUCGACCAGGCUUAAUUUGUUGGACCAUUGUAAAUACAGCCAUGGCUAUUAAACAAUAUCAUGAACUUGGGUAUGUCACAAUUGGAAUGUUCUUAAUCUUAAUUUUUCAAGGAUGGUAUUGUAUUGAUGCUGUUUACAAUGAGCCUGCAGUUUUAACAACGAUGGAUAUCACUACAGAUGGCUUUGGUUGGAUGCUGUCAUUUGGAAAUUUUACAUGGGUUGGAUUUUUAUAUGCUCUUCAAGCAAGAGGUGCAAAUAAUGAAAAAAAUCACUUUAGGAAUAAUCCUGAAGAUCCGAAAGUUAAGCAUUUAAAAUAUAUAACAACUGAGGCUGGUUCAAGAUUAAUUAUUUCUGGAUGGUGGGGAAGAGCAAGGCAUAUAAAUUAUCUUGGCGACUGGUUAAUUUCAUGGGCUUGGUGUUUGCUUUGUGGAUUUGAUGAUAUUAUACCAUACUUUUAUGUUGUAUAUUUUGCAGUAUUAUUAAUUCAUCGAGAAUUUAGGGAUGAAGAAAAAUGUAAGAAUAAAUAUAAAAAAGAUUGGGAUAGAUACUGUGAAAUUGUAAAGUGGAGAAUUAUUCCCGGUAUAAUUUAUUUGGAUUUUUUGAUGUGA